GCUCUCUGCUCCCCUCUCCAUUUUUCAUCUCAUUCGGCGCCGCGGCACCCCCUGCUCGUCACUCGCGAUGGCCCGGAUCAAGGUGCACGAGCUGCGCGGAAAGAGCAAGACGGAUCUGCAAGCGCAGCUCAAGGAGCUUAAAUCGGAGCUCUCCCUCCUACGCGUCGCCAAGGUCACCGGCGGGGCUCCCAACAAGCUCUCCAAAAUCAAGAUCGUGCGCACCUCCAUCGCUCGCGUGCUCACCGUCAUCUCGCAGAAGCAGAAGUCGGCGCUGCGUGAGGCGUACAAGAAGAAGAAGCUUCUCCCGCUCGAUCUCCGCCCCAAGAAGACCCGCGCCAUUCGCAGGCGCCUCACCAAGUACCAGCUCUCCUUGAAGACUGAGAGGGAAAAGAAGCGUGAGAAGUAUUUUCCCAUGCGGAAGUACGCUAUCAAGGCCUAGAUUAGUGAAAGAACAGCUUUUAUCCUAUCAAGUUCUGCCCAGAAGUUUCUUGAGUUUGAUGUACCGCACAUCUAUCGUCAUUACAAUGGAAUGAUGAAAACGAAUAUGUUUUCGGCUUCUACUCCACACAGUCUUUGUUGGCGAUGCUACACGUCUUAUUAAUGAAUUCUUGUCCAUGUGAAACCUUCGUCGGUGAAGUUUCAUGUCUCAUAAGU